CAUUUCAGAGAACUUAUUUGUCGUUGAAAUUAAAAAAUGCAUUAAAACAAUUAUCGUUCCUUCUGUACUUAUUAAUGAAAAGUGUUGUAAUGGUUUAAAUAUGCUGAAUCAAACUUCGACUGAAGCACUGCUAUCAGCAGCUUAUGUUGAGAAUUACUUGGAUAUCGUUGAUAAUCUUCCAAAUGAUUUGCAACGACAUUUAUCGCGUAUGCGAGAGUUAGAUGUAACAUACAGAGAAUGUCUGAGAGAUGCAGAGGCACACCUAGCAGUAUGUAUUGGUCCCAAUACAGAAGAAAGAAGGCGGGGUAGGGCAGCUCUGAGGUUACAAGCUGCCCUUGUUGCAGCACAAGAAAUAGGAGAUGAAAAACUGCAAGUUGUUCAACUUUUGCAGGAUCUAAUUGACAACAAACAAAGGUGCCUAGAUGCUGAUCAUAAAAAAUUGGUGUCAUGCUUAGAAGUCAAAACAAAUGGGACUGUAAAAGAGGAGCCAACACAAACCACAGAGACCAGAUCAAUUGAGAAAGAAUCUAAUUCACUGCAGACACAGCAGCAGACUGUACCUCCACCACCACCUGAGCGGAAUACUGAAAAAGAUAAGGAUAAGUCUGAAAAAGAGAAAGGAGGUGAGCGCUGGUCAAAGAGACCUCGCCGGUCCCGUACAACAGCAGGUGCUGCUACUGAUGGAGCUGACUCUAGCGAAAGAGAUAGUGAGCGACACACUCACAGCACACACAAGAAAGGUAUAGGCAAGAAGAAAAAACGUAAAGCGCGUCAAGCAGCUCAGCGCUCUGAGACACCACCUGAAGAAACGGAUGCCAUAGACCCUGAUGAGCCUCGGUACUGUCUGUGUGAUCAGAUAUCCUUUGGAGAAAUGAUUCUUUGUGACAAUGACUUAUGUCCUAUUGAGUGGUUCCAUUUCUCGUGUGUGUCCCUCACAACGAAACCAAAAGGCAAGUGGUUCUGCCCAAAAUGUCGAGGAGACAGGCCAAACGUCAUGAAGCCCAAGGGACAAUUUCUAAAGGAGCUUGAAAGGUAUAAUAGAGAGAAAGAAGAAAAAGCAUAGCAUACACUGUUUGGUUAGUGAGGUUGUGAUAUUGUAUGAAGAGCACAGUUAUGUUUAUAAGAUGUUUCAAUGCAUAAAUAAACUAUGGGUAAAACAUUAGCAACAGAAAAUGCUGUUUUAAAAGAGAUUUUCAUUAAUGAUUUAUGUGUAGCAAUAAAUAAUUAAAUUUU